CGCCCCAUUUAUCCCAUUUCUUUCUUGGUUUGACAAACCGGCGAUUUCCGUGAGCAAGAACAAGUCUCUCUUUUUGUUUGGGGGGAGCAGAGCAGUCAAAGAAUGAACCAAACCAAAUGAUUGUUCUAGAAUGGCUAUUCCUCACAAUUGCUCCUUGUGAUGCAGCGGAACCAUGGCAAUUAGGAUCUCAAGACGCAGCAACACCUAUGAUGCAAGGAAUAAUAGACUUACAUCACGAUAUCUUUUUCUUCCUCAUUCUUAUUUUGGUUUUCGUAUCAUGGAUCUUGGUUCGCGCUUUAUGGCAUUUCCACUAUAAAAAAAAUCCAAUCCCGCAAAGGAUUGUUCAUGGAACUACUAUCGAGAUUCUUCGGACCAUAUUUCCUAGUAUCAUCCCGAUGUUCAUUGCUAUACCAUCAUUUGCUCUGUUAUACUCAAUGGACGAGGUAGUAGUAGAUCCAGCCAUGACUAUCAAAGCUAUUGGACAUCAAUGGUAUCGGAGUGCGCCUCUUCACGAGGGUGAUUGAAGUGCAACGAAAUGCCUUCAAGUUUCAUAUGGUUCGCGAAGCAUCUGGCUGACCGGUAAUCUCCCAUUCCCGCCGUCGAGAUACUUUCAUAACUAUAGCAUGCCAGAAACGGGGAGUUUAGGUGGUUAGACCUAUACCCCGAAAUGCUCCCAGCAUAAGAGCCUAUGGUUCCAUUCUUGUUGUUGCUGGAGGUACACAUCCCUCUUCUCGGUGUGGAACGAUAUACGAGAAAUAGAUGCUCAGCCUGCAAUGUCCGAUAACGGCGCUGAAGUAGUGAAUCUAUCGGCACCAUAGCAGUGGUAUACAACUUUGGACCUAACGGCCGGCCUAGUAACCUUUCGGAAUGGGGGAUCCCCGUUGGCAACAACCACGGUAGUAGUUGCGGAACUACUGGGCUGGGAGAGGACAACCUCUUUCUUCGCUUCGGGGACGGAGGUCCUACGGUAGGUAACAGCAGGCACAAGCAAGUUGACCGAAGGGGACCAGCGCUUCUACUCCUCCACCGAGGAGCCGUUCGCAGCGAGAAGCAAGGGCUGUCGUGAACGGUGGGAGGUCACAGAGAAUUUACCUAUUCAUAGAGUGAUCCUAUGAUCGAUACAGGAUAUAUACUAUCUCUUUCUUUAUUCUAUUUAUUAAAAAAAAAGAAGGGUCCCUCUCCCUAUCAGUCGAGUCUAUUCUCACCUCUCCUUAUCAGUCGAGUAUAGUAUCUUCUAACCUCUCCUUCUCUCCUAUCAGUCGAGUCUAUUCUCACCUCUCACUUUGUUCGAGCAACUACGUCCCUCAACUUCUCAGCUAGAGUUGGUUUAUGUUGGCGCUGGAACGUGGGAAUUCGAGGUCUCAUGAACUACUACUCAAAACCUACUUGGUUUUUGGACAAACGAUAUCCGGUCAGGCCUAUGGAUGGAUCCUUUUAUAUCUACGGCGGCCGUUUACAUGAGCAUAGAGAAUCUAUACUCGAGGCCCCUUACAGGAUAGGUGAGGAAUCACUCUGGAUCUGGCUACAACUUCGCCGAGCCGACUAGCAUCCCUUUCCACUGUGAAUUUAUCGAACAAAUAAGACGGAUCGAAUUCGCUCUUCAAUAAACUGCUCGUCCCAUACCUUCUGCCUGUCUCAUAUGUGUGGAACCAGGUAUUUUUCGGUUCCAUAGGGCCAACCCUGGGUGAGAAACGGUUCCCUCUUGCCAAUCAACUUUCCCCGGCCUUCUAUUACCCUUAGGUCUUACGGUCGGCUAACUAAAGAAAAAAAGUGUUCUUUCUAAGAGUAGGCGUGGAGAGCUUUUUGCGGGGAAACUUGCAAGUACAGUUUGGGGGGAGGCGGGCGUCGACCCAACCUUAUGAGUAUUCGGACUAUAACAGUUCCGAUGAACAGUCUCUCACUUUUGACAGUUAUACGAUUCCAGAAGAUGAUCCAGAAUUGGGUCAAUCACGUUUAUUAGAAGUGGACAAUAGAGUGGUUGUACCAGCCAAAACUCAUUUACGUAUUAUUGUAACAUCUGCUGAUGUACCUCAUAGUUGGGCUGUACCUUCCUUAGGUGUCAAAUGUGAUGCUGUACCUGGUCGUUUAAAUCAGACCUCUAUUUCGGUACAACGAGAAGGAGUUUACUAUGGUCAGUGCAGUGAGAUUUGUGGAACGAAUCAUGCCUUUAUGCCUAUCGUCGUAGAAGCUGUUUCUAGGAAAGAUUAUGGUUCUCGGGUAUUCAAAAAAUUAAUCGGGGGAGCUUAAGCGAAAAGAAAAGAGUAGGGUGAGGGGGAAGCAAGGCUUCGCUCGCUCGCUCCAACGCUCGUUUAGUAGACAGCGAGUGGAGUGCAUAAGCCCCUUUAGAGAUAGGGGCGAGUACUACACGAGCUCGUAAGUCAAGUACGGAACGAGCCUUGUCUACGAAGCAGAGCACCCUCAUCUUGCUUGCUUCUGGCGAAGCUUCUAGCACUAGAUAAUAGGCAUUCUGGUAUGGCAGGAAUACCACUUUUGAGGUCGACCACUACAUAGGAGCAAUAGCGAAGCCAAGCCGUAGAAAGGCGAGCAGCCCUUAUAGCAUAGCAAUAGCAAAGGGCCUACUUAUAGCCC